UAUCAAAAUUUCCUCAGUGUAGAUAGUUAACUGAUGGUGCCUGAGGAUAAACCUUAUAACCCAUAUCCUUACGAUGGGACUGAUGAUUUAAGAUUCUACACAAAAAGUGGGCUUUUAGGAGCAUGGAAAGCUCGGGCCUCCCAAUAUGCAAAAGAAAUGGAUCCUUGGAGCACAUACAAUUCAGUAGAUAAAAACAAAUUAUCCUGGACCUGGAGGAAUGUGUGGGACGACCCCAUGGGAACGUUCAUUGGUAGAGAUGUGCUUACAGAGGAAGAGAUCGAAACACGGCUUAUGUGGAAAGACAAGGAGGAAGUUUCUGUGUUUGUAAAGAAAGAGUCGGACUACAUGCGUAUCCUGCCGACGGAUGGUGAAGAAGUGGGAGGCAGUGCCAUGUACCACUCAAAUAUGUUGGAGAAGAAGAUAGUGCAUGCGCGCAUUCUCAACACAUUCCAGGAGCCGUUCGAGGUGGAGGACGAGAAUCACUACGAGCGCAGAGUUCAGUUUGACUUGAACCACCUUUUGCACCGUGCUACAUUCGGACUCUACAAGUACGACCCUUACGAGUGUAAAUCUGUUGCUCCUGGAAGGACCGGUUACCCGGGAGGUAACAUGGUAAAAGAGAAGCCAGUAUCUGGCCCCAACAUACGAGGGAGGUAUGCGCGGGACCUGCGCGGCGACAAGGACGUGCUCUACGAAUUCACCAACACCAGCGAAAUGAGUCACCUGGGCUCCGAUCUCGGCUCCAUGGGUCACGCCAACGCGGAAGGAAAGUUACAGAUCAAGAACAAAUUCUUGUACCAGGAAACUUUAGAUUGAGUCAUGGUGCUGUGACGAUAGCUUGAAGGAUUUCAUUAAAUUAUUAAAGAUAAAGUUCUCCUAAAUGGAUGUGCAGCUGUACUUUGUGUAGUUAGUAGAACGAUGCAUCUUUCAGGGAACAGUCUCACCUUUAUAUUUGCAUUGGGGACUCAACAUUUAAUAGAUACACUAAUUUCUGUGAAACCAACUUAAUUUCAGCAUUGUUUCAACUGAAUUUCAGCAUUUUUUUACCUAUAAUGCAAACGUUAUAGUAAUAUCUACCCUAGACGAGGGUGGAAAAUGAAUUUUGGUAAAACGAGUGUAUUUCUUCGCUGUGUAAUUACGAUAUUAAAGGUCAUUAAGUGAUUAUAUUGGUUGAUGUCAAAUUUUUGAUUUAUACUAGCCUAGUACGUUUUGUA